AUGUAUGCGGAUGAUUGUACAAUUAUGACGUCGUGGAUGCAUCCUGACAACGAACCUUUGUUGACCACAAAGCAAAAGGUCGGUCUGGCGGUGGAAUGUCGUAUUUUUGAUCUGGCCAAUAUCGACUUGGACGCUCCAGUACCGAAGACCCGUGACGCAACCAUUUAUGUAUUUCGCGGUCUGAACAUUAUCGGAUAUUUACCCACUGAGAAAUACAAAUACGGAUUCUAUGUGUGGUCGUUGUUCAUCAAUACAUUUGUCACCUCAUACCUCCCGGUUGGUUUCCUUAUGAGUUUUAUGCUGCGCCUGAGUACCUUUAGUCCCAGUGACUUUUUCACUUCGUUACAAAUCUGGGUGAAUUGCAUCGGUUGCAGUCUCAAAAUGUUGGUUUUCUUCUUCUUGUUUCGCCGAUUGAUCGUAUCGCGUAAAUUUAUGGAUCGUCUCGAUGUACGUAUCGACAACGAUGAGGAUGGUAUGCAAAUUCGUAAAAUUGUUGCAUUCUCAAAUCGUAUCGUGACUCUGUACUCUGCGUUGUAUAUCUCGUAUGCUACAAGUACAUUUUUGGUAGCCAUUAUCCAUCAGAAGCCACCAUAUCAGGUGUUUAAUCCGUUUUUCCAUUGGCAAGAAGGGCAAUGGAAAUUUUGCAUUCAGUCGACGGUGGAAUAUUCGAUGAUAACAUUUCAUUGUUUUCAGCAGGCGGUAUUAGAUUCAUAUCCGGUUAUAUUUAUAACGAUAAUACGCACCCAUUUGCAUAUUUUGGCAAGACGCAUAUCGCGAUUGGGUACCGAUGCGGAAAUGACCAGCGAUGAACGUUAUGAGGCAUUGGUGCAAUGUGUAUUGGAUCAUAAGAAUAUUAUGGGGUUGUACAACAUUUUCUGCCCUGUCAUUUCGGGCACCAUGUUCGUUCAAUUUCUCAUCAUUGGCCUCAUCUUGGGUAUCACGACCCUACACAUCUUUCUCUUUGCGGAUCGUUUGGCUGUCAUUGCAUCCCUCUUCUAUGUGGCAUCCAUAUUGACAGAGACAUUUCCCUGUAGUUUCCUGGCCAAUUGUUUAAUGGACGAUAGUGAUGCGAUUUCAUUGGCCAUAUUCCAUUCGGCAUGGCAUGUCGAGGAGCCGCGCUACAAGCAAAUGAUUUGUUUUUUCCUACAACACACCCAGAAGACACUGAUUUUGACGGCGAUGAAAAUUUUCCCCAUUACCCUGAAUUCCAACAUCAACGUUGUAAAAUUUGCCUUUUCCGUCUACACGAUGAUGAAGCAAAUGGGCUUCGGCCAAAGUAUCAAAGAUGUUGUCGGUGGCGAUUUGUAA